AUGAAACAUAUAACAAUAAGUAAUUCUGCCACUUACAAUACUGAAGUGAUACCAUCUACAAGUUCAAUAGAAGUUAAAGACCAGAGUUCCAAGCAAAUCGAAAAGCCUAUUGAUGACUUGUCAACCGAUUUUUCUUCAGAUACAGAAAGUACAUGUUCUUCAGACACUUCUAAUUCAACUUCAAAUGAGGAUAGUGAUAAUUCGGUGAAAGAUCCAGAUUUUCAAAUUGAGGAACGUCGUUCCGUUAAAAUCUCUGACGAUUCCUAA